UAUCGCCUUCCAGCCAAUCUGAGCUCAGGAGGGGCUGGGGCUUGCUGGGGCUUGCUGGGGCUGGGGAGAUUUAGGGCAAAGCCCCGGUACCGAUUCUGAGCAAGCGACGAGGACUCUGGAUAGUACAGGUUGUUGGCGGCUCUCUCUCGUGUAGAAAGAUUUCAUCAUGAAGUUGUAUCUGUGUCUUUUGGCCCUAAGUUUGGGAACAUGCUUUGCUGCUCCAGGCCUGGACCCUUCUUUGGAUGAUCAUUGGCAGAUGUGGAAGACAUGGCAUAGCAAGAAAUACCAUGAGAGAGAGGAAGGCUGGAGAAGAAUGGUCUGGGAGAAGAAUCUGAAAAUGAUUGAAUUGCACAACCUGGAUCACAGCCUAGGAAAGCACAGUUACAGAAUGGGCAUGAAUCACUUUGGAGACAUGACUAAUGAAGAGUUCAGGCAAGUAAUGAAUGGCUUCAAAAACACCAACUCUGCAAGGAAAUAUACAGGAUCUCAGUUUCUUGAGCCAAACUUCCUGGAGGCACCAAGAUCUGUGGACUGGAGGGAGAAAGGAUAUGUAACUCCUGUAAAGGAUCAGGGCAAAUGUGGCUCUUGCUGGGCAUUCAGCACAACUGGAGCCCUUGAAGGACAGCACUUCCGCAAAACUGGCAAGCUGGUUUCUCUGAGUGAACAAAACCUUGUGGACUGCUCUGGGCCUGAAGGAAAUCAGGGAUGUAAUGGGGGUCUCAUGGACCAGGCCUUUCAGUAUGUCAAGGACAAUGGAGGCAUUGAUUCAGAGGAUUCCUACCCAUAUGUUGCAAAGGAUGAGGAGGAAUGCAUGUACAAGGCCGAGUACAAUGCUGCUAAUGACACUGGGUUUGUGGACAUCCCAGAAGGACAUGAAAGGGCCCUUAUGAGAGCAGUGGCUGCAGUGGGGCCAGUCUCUGUAGCUAUUGAUGCAAGUCACUCCUCCUUCCAGUUCUAUGAGUCAGGUAUCUAUUAUGAGCCAGAUUGUAGUAGUGAAGACCUAGAUCAUGGUGUCCUUGUUGUUGGUUAUGGCUUUGAGCAUAAAGAUGAAGAUGGCAAGAAAUACUGGAUUGUUAAAAACAGCUGGAGUGAGAAGUGGGGUAACCAAGGCUAUAUCUACAUGGCUAAAGACAGAAAGAACCACUGCGGAAUAGCCACUGCAGCUAGUUAUCCUCUGGUAUAGUUUGCAGAAAAAAGCAGCGUCCAAAGUGGAAUAGUCACAGCAGCGUUAAAGUUGACAGAAGAAGAGCCACUGGAAUAAGUGUUACACCUUCCUGAUCUCUGUGGAACUUGCUGAGUAUUCCGGUGUCAGGAAGACUUGAACUGACUUUGAAACCCCAUGUCAAUAAUACAUGUGGUUGUGUUUUAUUUCUUUCGUUUGACUUGUGAUUUUAUUGUUUACCUUGAACUCUCUGAUGUUUACUUGAUGGCAAUGUGCCCCCCCCUUUUUUAACUUAAUGUAGGUGUUGCUUAUUAUGUAAACAAGCUUGUAAUAGCCAUAGUUUGCAACCUAGUAAAAUCCUACAGAUUCUCCUUUUUAUUACUUUUAUUUUUAAAAUGGCAACUUGCACAAAAAGCUAUAACUUUUAAAAUAAACACUGAACAUUUCAACAUC